CAAGUACACCAACCAGUAUACAUCAACAUCAGUCACAGUUGUCACUGCUCUGCGAGUGGUGGUGUCGCACGCGCUCCCUUCAUGCGUUCCAACAAUUCGGGGAAGGUCGAGUACACAACACAUCACCAGAAUGUGACAAAACAACCGCGUGCCGCACUCUCUAGCUAAUAACUUCCCUUCGUCUUCCCUAGUAACUAAAGUCAACAAACUUUUUUUAUUACUUUCUAAAACGUAUUUAAUUUUCCGUGUGUGUUUCAAGCUCGCGCCAACAAAACGUGUGUGUUGUGUAUAAAUAAAUAUUAAUAAAGUGUUGUUAAGUUAAAUACGACAUGACUGUAUCAUAUGCCGGCGAGGUACCAAACGGCAGCAGUUUCGGAUGUUUCUGGAGGAUCCUUUGCAAAUGGCGCGGCAGCGUUUACAAGCUCGUCUGGAGGGAACUGCUGGCGUACCUCACUCUGUAUUACACUAUCAACUUGCUGUAUCGGUUCGCACUCACAGAGCCACAACAGAGGAUAUUCGAGAAAGUCCGGCAGUACUUCGGCGCGCAGAGCGAGUCAAUACCCAUGUCCUUCGUGCUGGGCUUCUACGUCAGUCUGAUCGUGAAGCGGUGGUGGGAGCAAUACAAGCUGCUGCCCUGGCCCGACACGCUGGCGCUCUUCAUAUCGGCCGGCAUCCCCGGAGCGGAUGAAACCGGCCGACUGAUGAGGAGGAACAUCGUGCGGUACGCCAUCUUAGCGUACGUGAUCACCCUGCAGAGGGUGUCGCUCAGGGUGAAGCGGCGGUUCCCCACGUGGCAGCACGUCGUCGACUCCGGUCUCAUGUUAGAAAGCGAAAGAAAGGUGUUCGAAAAAAUGGACGGAAAAAGUCCCAUGUCCAAAUACUGGAUGCCCUUAGUGUGGGCAACGAAUAUAAUAAACAGAGCAAGAAAAGAAGGGCUCAUCACGAGUGACCACAUAGUGCAAACGUUGUUGGUGGAGCUGUCAGACAUCCGGAGGAGGCUCGGAGCCUUGAUCGGGUACGACACGGUGUGCGUGCCACUUGUUUAUACACAGGUGGUGACGCUGGCGCUGUACACGUACUUCGUGGCAGCGCUGAUGGGCCGGCAGCUGGUCCCGCCGGCACCAGGGAGCACCUCCCAGUACCAUCCCGACGUGUACUUUCCGCUCUUCACGGCGCUACAGUUUUGUUUUUACGUGGGAUGGCUGAAAGUGGCCGAGGUCCUCAUAAAUCCGUUUGGCGAAGACGACGACGAUAUUGAACUCAAUUGGCUGAUAGACAGACACAUCAAGGCAGCCUACAUGAUAGUGGACGAAAUGCACGAAGAGCACCCGGAACUGUUAAAGGACCAAUACUGGGAGGAGGUGGUUCCCAAGGACCUGCCUUACACAGUGGCUUCCGAACACUAUCGCCGCCACGAGCCGCCCUGCUCCGCGGACCACUAUAAGGUGAAGGCAGAAGACGCCGUGUACGCCAACGUGCAGGCCCCAAGAAAAAGCCACGAUGAGACUUACGCUGAUUACGAAAGCGUAGACACACCGUUAGUGGAGCGACGGAAGAACUGGUUCCAGCGUCAAAUCUCCCGCAUGGGCUCGGUGCGGUCCGCGUCGACGGCGUACUCGUCGGGCGGGCUGUUCGGUCGCAACCGGCACAACUCCGUCGUGUACUCCAGCCCCGAGGCCGGCCAGCCCGCACCGGCGCCGCCCCACAAGAUGUCACUCUACGAGAGGCUCGUCGGUAGAAAGAGCGGCCGCGGACAACAUCGACAGAACUCUAGACAUGGUGGACAGAAAAGCAACGGUACAGCGGUGCCGAUCACGCUCCGCAACCGGCCGCGUAUCCCCACUCCGGACGUGACCAAGGAGAUCAUAGACCGCGAAAACCGUCUCGCUAUGGGCAUGCAGAACAUGGGCGUCAUCAUGGCCCACCAGGGCUACCAGAACGAGGUGCCCGUCCUCGGCGCCUUAGUGCUGUCUCCCAUACAAGAGCUGGAUAGCGGCUCAGUGAAUAACACGUUACACGCAGGCCAGCCGGGGACUACAGCUUUAGCACAGGCAGUUUUAUCCCCGUCGGGCCUAGCGCCGAUGUUGACCGCCGGGCCGGUCGCCCUGUCUCCUAUGGGAGUGACACAACUUUCGCUAGUGGGAUCGACCCCGUCGACUCCUAGAACCGAGCGGAUAACGGGCUCAGCGGGAUCCGGCGCGACGCCACCGCCGCCGAGAGCCACCGUCACGGAGCUGCCCGGAUCGGACCGCGACAGCGAACACAGCGCGGCCAGCACCGGCACGCCGCCGGAAUUCACCAGGAAAUCAAACUCGAAACGGGGAGAAGUCUACGUUUAAUAAAGUGAAGUAAAUCGUCAGAUAUCACUCAAGUCAGGUUUAAUGAUCGAUUAUACUUUAGGCGCUUAACGUAACACACGGCUCUGGUCGAGCGGGUUUUUUAUUACAAUGUAGGUAAACCGCGUGGUAUUGCACACUACACGACGCGUCGAAAUUUACAUGGUGCCGUGCAGAAACUCCGUACUGUGUGUUAUACUCCUGAGUGUGUCGAAACUCUACCUACAACUCUGAAUCUCAACGACAAUCCAGAUACCUACGCAGCUCUUCCUGAAGCUAGCGUUUUGAAGUCACUGAAAAGAUCGUAUAACCUGUGAAAUUUGCUGCUAAGUUGUGCAAGCUCGCAUAUCCAAUAGUUCGUUAACCAACAGACAUACAUUCCUACAUUUAAGUUGAGUUUACAUCAGGACUAACAGACCAUGGAAGCAUAAGCCAUACGCUCGACAGCAUAAAAGUAUAGUGUAAAGGUUGUUGGUCCAGGGUGAUGCAAAGGUCUAUUGGUGCCAAAAAUUGGUGGCCAUUUUAACUUCAGGCCAUUGUGAAUAAAUUGAACACGUCUGGAACGUGGGGCUUUUAUUCACCUACGAGUAUAUAUAUUGAAUAAUAUGAAUAGGCUACUACUUACCUAACCUAAGAUAAUUUAAGUACCGUAGUUAUGCAGAAAACAACCUACUCUAUUUUUGUAUCAAUGGAGAAAGAAAGCUACGAAAUCCACUGCAUUAAGGUGUAAGUCACUCACAAAAAUAAAAAGUUGGUCACUUUCUAUAGAACUACGGUCUAGAAAUGGAAUUUCGUGUGCUCAAGCUGGUUCGAUGUCGAUAAAUGCGGUGUCUACCUAAAUUUGAAGUCUACUAUAAGAGGACGAUCCUUUUCGAUUAUCCUUGAUCCACGGGUUGUACUUAACCAAUAGCUAUUUAUACCUAUGUAUAGUGUGGCUAACCCUGUUUAUCAGUUUUUAGGGUACGUUCAGAUCUGACGAAUUCCCGAAUCGCUCUCGCGUUUUAAAUUCUAACGUACGCCAGUAGUAAGUUACACUCACUAGCGCAAAAGACACAGUAUUUUCACCUGUUUCUUAAAACGACAGAUAAAACGUGCAGUCACUUAACCUUUGACAUCGGUUACACGCUAAUUCUGGAGUCAGUUCAGUCCAUCAGUCUGGUCAGAAUGACGGGAUAAUUAUCGUGUAUCACGCGGACUGAUGGACUGAUGGUCUGGACUGAUGAAAAUUUAAAUUUAUUGAUAAUAUUAGUCAGGCCGUUUUGAAUGACAAAAAACUGAUAGGAGACUGAUCGUGUAACCUCUUUGUGUCAUUCUCGCGUCAGUCACCGUCCAUGCAACAAUGGAAUGAUGGACUGAACUGACGUCAGAAUUAGCGUGUAACUGAUGUCUAUUGUCGUAAUUUUAUCAGUCCGUUGUCAGUCUGGACUGAUUGUCUAACCGUGUCAAUUUUCCAUCAUUCUAGCAUCAGUAAAAACUUGAAUGGAGUGAUGGACUGAACUGACGCCAGAAUUAGCGUGUAAACGAUGUCUUUCGUGUGUGUGUGUAAUGGUCAAAAAUAGUGGGUUCAAAUCUCAGACGUGCCGGAUAGAUCAAUUAAAAUCAUUCUCGAUGCCAAAACAAAAUGACUAAAAUUUUGGUCUGGGUGCGAUAAGUCGCACACUUAAUCGACUUUGAGUCUAAUGGUAUUUCAAUGUGACCCUCUUUACAGGGAAAUAUACGUUUUUAAAUAUGGAUACUACUUUCUAAGAGUUGAACACUAUUACUAAAACGUUGCCCUGUGGUUUAGCACGAAAGUACUUAACUACGGGUAAAAUAUUACGAGAGACAAUAGGAUUACCGUCGGGCUCUAUUAGAAACCUACAAACUAUACUACGGAAUGGGUCCGUUUUGCUAAACUGUGUCUCAUCGCCAUUCAGGUCGCUGCAUACGUAGCGUGAUUUUCAUGGUCAGUGACGGGAAGGGUUUGGAAGGGGCGGAUGUGCGAAUUCGUAUAAUGAAAUAAGUGCGACAUAAUUUAUAGAUCAAUAUACGACUCGAAACACGUUGCGUAUGCACCCACCUGAAGAACACACGCAUUGCAUUGUUGUGUGGAAAUAAUUAUCUAAUAAGUUGUACCGGUCUAAUUGAUGAUGAUUAAAGCACGUUGUUUUUACGCACGUGUUUUUAACUGUUAAAUAUUUAAGUAAAAGGGACCCACUGAUUACCAGUCCGCCAGACGAUAUCGGCGUGUCAGUUAAAGCAAAGUUUGAAAGCUCCGAACAACUGACAGGCUAACAUCGUCUGGCGAACUGGUAAUCUGUGGGCCGCUUAGGGCCGGCAUAGACGUACAGUUCACAUAUAAAUAGCCUCUGGGUAGCAGCCCGUCUGUAACGCCCCUAAAAUAAGCAAGGAUUUAUAGUUCGUUUUUUUAGCAUUAGAAAUAAGGUAAACAAUCUUGAUGUCGCUUUUAAUUGAAAAACACUUUUUAAAAAUAAGUUACGUCGAAUAUGUAACAAUUAUGAAUCUAAUACGAUCAUUUAUAUUCUUCUGCUUUCAUAAGUAGUAGUUACUGAUUUUUAAAAGGCGUUUCAUGUCAAGAUCGCUUACCUUAUUUAAAGUUCUUUCUAAUGCUAAAUAAACCGAACUAUAACAUGUGAUGUGACUAUGUGAAAGAUUCGAGCCCUACACCCCAGCAGGGGGUAACAGGAUGGAAAGAAGAAGAAGAUAACAUGUGACUUGCUUUGACCAUUAUCAAUUAUCAAUAUGAGAGAUGUUUUUAUGUAUACAUUUUAUCGAAUAUAAAUGUAGGUAGGAGAGAUCGAGGCUUGUGAAAAUCCGUCCUUAGUGAAGUAAUAGUGAUCUUAGUUAAUUUAGCCGAUGCGGAUUGACAAUAAGGUAUGUUUUAAAUGUUAGCGCAAUAACCGUUGUAAUUAGGUAUAAUGAAUUUAUAAAUUACGCACAAACAGGGAUUGAAUUUGUAUAGUUGAAUUGUAUACAUAUAUAUUUUUUAUUUUA